AUGGAGUCACUUGCAAGAAAAUCCAUGAGUGUUUGUCCCUUUGUCAGGGCAAACUCAGCUGCUUCCCUCCGCUCAAUGGCUCAGAAUUCCUGUCUAUUAAAGAUGGCCAAGCAUUGCCCGGUGAUGGGUCCAGCUUUGAAGGCUGAGCAAAGGCUUGAGUACUCAACAAGUACGAAGCCCGCUCAGGCAAGAGCUGCUCAAGCUGCCAUUCAUGCCGAGCCAGUAGAAAAUGUUGCUCAACUUGAAGGUUUUAAAACUAAUGAAAAGCCAUUUGAUUAUGAAGCUGCAGUUUCAGAACAGCUUGAAGCUAAGAGAAAAGAUCAUUCUUAUCGUUACUUUAAUAACAUUAAUCGGUUAGCGAAAGAGUUCCCUAAGGCUCAUAGGGAACGUGAAGAUGAUAAAGUUAUGGUUUGGUGUUCUAAUGAUUAUUUAGGAAUGAGUAAGAACAAGGAGGUGUACGAAACCAUGGUUAAGACGAUGCAAAAGUAUGGUGUUGGCUCUGGUGGUACGAGGAAUAUUGCAGGUCACAAUAGACAUGCAAUUCAAUUAGAGGCCGAAUUAGCUGCUUUGCACAAAAAAGAUGGUGCGCUGGUUUUUUCUUCAUGUUUUGUGACUAAUGAUGCCGUAUUGUCUUUGUUUGGAAAAAAGUUCCCAAAUGGUGUCAUAUUCUCCGAUCAGUUAAAUCAUGCAUCGAUGAUCACCGGAAUUAAGAAUUCCAGGGCCAAGAAGCAUAUAUUCAGACACAAUGAUAUGAAACAUUUGGAGGAGCUCCUUUCCAUGUAUCCGAAGUCAACACCUAAGCUCAUUGCAUUUGAGUCGGUCUACUCAAUGUGUGGUUCUGUUUCUCCUAUUUCCGAUAUAUGUGAUCUAGCUGAAAAAUAUGGCGCAAUUACAUUUUUAGAUGAAGUUCAUGCGGUCGGUAUGUACGGUCCUCAUGGUGCAGGUGUUGCUGAACACAUGGACUUUGAUGCUCAUUUGAAGGCUGGUAUGAACCAUCCUGCUCGUAGAACAGUGAUGGAUAGAGUGGAUCUUAUAACAGGUACCUUAGGUAAAUCGUUUGGUGUUGUUGGAGGUUAUGUUGCCGGAUCAACGCAGAUGAUUGAUUGGAUUAGGUCAUUUGCUCCUGGCUUUAUUUUCACCACGUCAUUACCACCAGCAGUUAUGUCUGGUCUUGCCACUUCUGUUAGAAUUGUUCGUAGGAACCUUGAGGAUCGAGUUAAUCAACAGAAGAAUGUUCGUUACAUUAAAGCACAAUUUGCAAACUUGGGUAUUCCAGUUAUUCCAAACCCAUCGCAUAUUAUUCCACUUUUGAUUGGCAAUCCAACGGAUUGUAAGAAAGCUUCUGACAUUCUGCUUAAUCAGUAUAAGAUAUAUGUUCAAGCUAUUAACUUUCCAAGUGUCCCAAGGGGUACAGAACGUCUUAGAAUUACACCUUCCCCUCAUCAUGGAAAGGUUAUUAGUGACCAAUUGAUUGAGGCCAUAGAUGAGAUUUGGAAUACCCUGGGUUUGAAGAGAAUUUCUGAUUGGGCAUCUUUUGGUGGUAAUUGUGGUAUCGGUAGCUCCAAACAUGACUCUGAUGAGCCUUUGUGGACCGAUGAUGAGUUGAAGUUAACUAAUAACGAUUUAAACCGUAAUGUUUACGAUCCAGUUAUUAAACCGUUGGAAGUUUCAUCUGGUAUUAAGUUGUGA